GAGCAUUCAUCCACCUGUCAAUUUAUUAUUUGACAGUCGCUUUUUCCUCUGAAUUUGUAAUUUUGUGAAAAACUCACUUGUUUUUUUCGUACCAUAAAAAAAAUCUUCAAGAAAAAAUACUUUCCAACCAUACGCACAACAUAAAUUUUAUAAUCUACAUAAAUUUUGUAUUACAUCAAACAUAAAAAAUAAUGGACAAAACAAAAGAUUUAAAUGGCUCCUCCUCAGCAGAAAACGAUGCCAUCGCCGGCUCCAGCAAUGAUGUUAAAAACAUCAAAGAUAAAAAAGAAGACAAACAAAACAAUGAUGACAACAAUGAACCUAAGAAGAAAAUUCCAAAGUUAGAACAAUCAAAUUAUGAUGAAGAUGAUGACGAUGACGACGACGACGAAGAUCAACUUGAAGUUGCAAUGAACAAUCAUUAUUCCAAUCCACAAUUCUUUAACAAACUAAAAUCCUCUUGGCAAGAUCAAAAAGACUUCUCCGAAACCACCCCAGAUGUAAAAAUCUACGGCGAACCAUUCCGAAUUGCAAUUUUACAAAAUUUCCUCUCUGACAAAAAAGUCACUGGACUUUUAGUCAACGAAAUGGAAGAAGAUGUCGAUUGGUCCCACAAACAAAUGGAUCUUUAUGAAUUUGAUCAAACUGCUAGUCUCUCAGUUGUACCUACAAUGUAUUUGAAAAAAUUCUUAAAAUUUUUAGAAACCUCCGUUCAACCGUGGUUGGAAAAACUAUGCAAUCUUAAACUUAAAUCUGUUUCAGCUUCCUGCUCAAUGUACAAUUGUGGUGAUUAUCUUUUAGUUCAUGAUGAUUUACUCAAAGAUCGACAAAUUGCAUUUGUUUAUUAUUUGUCUCCUUGGGAGGAAGUUGACCAAUGGACAGAUGAAAUGGGUGGUUGUUUGGAAAUCUUUAAAACAGAUGACAAUUGUUUCCCUUAUUUCCCUGUCGUGAGGAAGAUUAAUCCACGAAACAAUCAGUUUGUCUUUUUUAAAGUUGGGUCAAAGUCAUUUCAUCAAGUUGGUGAAGUGACAACGAGUGAAUAUCCUCGAAUGACAAUAAAUGGAUGGUUUCAUGGAGAAUUAAAUACUGACACUGUGGAAGAUUCCAUGAGACCUCUUAGUAAAAUGGUAUUUUCUGUUCCACAGACAAAAUCAAUGGAACUUGAAAAAGUCGUUAAUUUAACGUAUUUAAAAGAAGAUUGUAAAAAUCAUAUUCAAAAGCAUAUCGAGGAUAAUUCUGAAAUUUGUUUGGAAAAAUUCCUCAAACCAGAAAUCUUUGAUAAAAUUUGUCAAGAAUUGAAAACAAAUGAAUCAUUAAUUUGGUCAAUAAAAGGUCCUGCCAAUGCACAACGUUAUGAGACACUUGACUUAUCGACACUUACUGAACCUGUUGCAUUGCUCAUAGACACCUUUAAAAGUAAAGAAAUGUUUGGAUUACUUCAAGAUUAUACAGAUUUAGACUUAGCUGAACCUAGAGCAAUAACACCAACUGUUAGUUUAGAAUUACAACGUUGGACACCAGGUUGUUAUACAGUUUUAGGUGAUGGUUCACUUUGUGAUGAGAAUACAUUGGAUUUAAUGUUUUUCUUGAAUGCUGCGGAUGAUGUUGGUUGUAUAACAUAUUUAUCACCGGAAGAAGAAAAUGAUUCAGAUUAUGAUGAAUCUGUAUUGUUGACAAUAAAACCAAAAGAUAAUGCUUUAAAUAUUGUUUAUCGAUGUGAGGGAACGACUAAAUUUACAAAAUAUGUAUCGAAAUUGACACCAAUUGAAAAUGGACCGGUUUAUGUUUUGUGUUGUAGUUACAAGGAAUAACAUUUGAACAUUCGUUGAAGAUGGUUUAAAUGUUGAUUUUUUUUGUUUUGUAAUUGAAGUAAAUUUAUAAAAUAAAAACAAAAAUAUAUGGUGAAAAAAGUAUUUA